CCGUCGUGCAGCCUGCGAAGAGGAAGAGGGCACUGCUCUGUGCUCUGACGCUUCUCUUCCUGCACUCCUCCCCCUUUCUGCCGAGUAUCACCCUCUUUCUCCCCCUCAUCUGUUCACUCCCUGCUCGGCGGCGCACAAGCCUCCGGAAUCGUCGCAGUGCAUUGUUCACCCAUCGACCUAGCCCCUUCAAGUCGACGUGAUACGACGGAGCUUUCCCCCCUCUUUCUUUCUUCUACUACUUCUUUUUUUCUUUUCCCCUGUCAAUGUCUUUACCGGUGGAAUCUACUGCAUGCACGCCAGUCCGGUGACGUGCCCGAGCAUGUUCACAUCAGAGCCAGCGUCGGAUUUACCUGAGAGUAGACUGCCCUCACACUGUCAGAGCGAUCUCGCCGCCGCGCAAGCAGAUUUGGACUUCACCGAUUGUCACUGAGAAGCAAAGGAAAAAGGGGGGAAACACACCGGAUUACAAGGAUGGGGUUCUACGGCACUUUAAAGAUGAUUUUCUACAAAAUGAAGAGAAAGUUGGACCAUGGUCCCGAGGUCCGAUCUUUCCCUUCAGGAAAAAAGCCCUGCAAAGGUCCAGAGUAUCCGAGCCCGACGGGAAUUGUCCCAUGUCCGGCCACACCCACCACAUUUGGCCACAUCAGAACAGCCAAUGGUCAGGGGCAACAGAGACGACGUAUCACCUCAAUCCAGCCACCCACGGGUCUCCAGGAAUGGCUCCGAACAUUUCAGAGCUGGACUGGCCCAGAGAAGCUGCUGGCGCUGGAUGAGUUGAUUGACAGCUGUGAGCCCACACAAGUGAAGCAUAUGAUGCAGGUGAUCGAGCCGCAGUUUCAGCGAGAUUUCAUCUCCCUGCUGCCCAAAGAACUGGCUUUAUACGUGCUGUCAUUCCUGGAACCGAAGGACCUCCUCCAAGCAGCACAGACGUGUCGCUACUGGCGCAUCCUUGCAGAAGACAACCUGCUGUGGAGGGAGAAAUGCAGGGAAGAGGGUAUCGAUGAGCCCCUUACCCUGAAGAAGAGAAAAAUUGUCAAGCCUGGCUUCACUCACAGCCCCUGGAAGAGUGCCUAUAUCAGGCAGCACAGAAUAGACACUAACUGGAGGAGAGGGGACCUCAAAUCACCUAAGGUGCUCAAAGGCCACGAUGACCAUGUGAUCACCUGCCUCCAGUUCUGUGGCAAUCGCAUCGUCAGCGGCUCUGACGACAACACGCUGAAAGUCUGGUCAGCUAUCACAGGAAAGUGUCUGCGGACAUUGGUGGGCCACACAGGGGGCGUGUGGUCAUCCCAGAUGCGAGACAACAUUAUCAUCAGCGGCUCGACUGAUCGCACACUCAAGGUCUGGAACGCAGAGACGGGAGAAUGUAUCCACACCCUCUAUGGGCAUACCUCAACAGUGCGCUGCAUGCACCUACAUGAGAAAAGGGUGGUCAGUGGAUCUCGUGAUGCCACGCUGCGCGUCUGGGACAUUGAUUCAGGUCAGUGUUUACACGUCCUCAUGGGCCACGUGGCGGCAGUGCGCUGCGUCCAGUAUGACGGGCGACGGGUGGUCAGCGGUGCCUACGACUUCAUGGUGAAAGUUUGGGACCCCGAGAUGGAGACCUGCCUCCACACGCUGCAAGGCCACACAAACAGAGUGUACUCAUUACAGUUCGAUGGGAUCCACGUCGUGAGCGGCUCAUUGGAUACGUCUAUAAGGGUCUGGGACGUGGAGACGGGCAACUGCAUCCACACGCUAACGGGCCACCAGUCCCUCACCAGUGGCAUGGAGCUCAAAGACAACAUCCUGGUCUCAGGCAAUGCAGACUCCACCGUCAAGAUCUGGGAUAUCAAGACUGGCCAGUGCCUCCAAACACUGCAAGGUCCUCACAAGCACCAGAGCGCCGUGACGUGCCUCCAGUUCAACAAGAACUUUGUCAUCACCAGCUCGGACGAUGGCACGGUCAAACUGUGGGACUUGAAGACUGGUGAGUUCAUCCGUAACCUGGUGACUCUGGAGAGUGGCGGAAGCGGCGGUGUGGUGUGGCGCAUCCGGGCCUCCAACACCAAGCUGGUGUGCGCGGUUGGUAGCCGCAACGGCACAGAGGAGACCAAGCUGCUGGUCCUGGACUUUGACGUAGAUAUGAAGUGAGAGGGAGCGCGGUGGGGAAGGUCGAAGAGAGCGAACCGCACAGGAAGGAGUAGAGAGGGAAUGGGAGACGAGGAAACCUGGAAACUGGAGAGCCAACAUCCAAAUGCUAGAACCACAACCACCAACAGUGGGCUGUCCUGUCCUCUACCAUCAUCUUCCCACGUCCCCCCCCCCUGCUUUUUUGGGCAAAUGUUACUGACAAAGAGACACACCCUCACCUGUUCAGCCCCUGCUUUUGAGCCCCUUCCACCAGCACAAGGUGGAGCCUAAAGGGGGAUCGGGUUGGAAACGAGGCGAGGAGGGCGGAGCACGACUGGUCUGUCCCUUGAUUGGCUGUGAGAAAGAAGAGGAAGAGGGGAAAAAAAGAGGAACGGCCGAAAAUGACUGAACUCUUUUGAAGUGACUCUCAAUCCUUUCAGUUUGGGGGCAGCUUCACUCAGAGACUUAGUUUCGCUCAAGCCUGACAGAUUUUGACAUGUACAGAGAUAUAUUAUUUUUUAAAAGCCCCUCCCACCCUCUGUAACCCCCUCCCAUCAGUGUGCGCCCCCCCCCCCCAAAAAAAAAAAAGACAAACACACACAUACACUCAAAAGGCUGACCGGAAAGUGGGAAACGUUGACCGUAGGUUAAGGCUGGGAAAGGUGGAUUUUCCACACCUAAAGAGCUGCUCGGUGUAGCCUGUUCAGGCUAGUUUCUCGUCACUCCAUUUCUGUUCCUGUUUGUUUCUCCCCUUCUGUAGUCUGAUUUCUUUAAAAUACCGCACACAAACACAACUGUGAAUUUCAACACCUCUUUGGUUUAUCAUAUGAAAGGUUUUGUUUUUUCCACCUUUUCUCACUGUUGCCAACAGCAACAAAUCCCAGUAUUAGAAACCUGCCCUGUUUAGGUUUGCCAUCUUUGUCACAAGGGUUUAUUUUGUUUUGAUUUGUUUUCUUCCUUCCUUCCUGGUUCUUCCUUUCUGUUUUCUACAUACCUGGGUUCGGAGCGCCGUCUCCACAUGAACAUCAAUGCUGUCCAGAUUUUUCCAGAGUCUAGCUGGGGUGGUUUCCUCAAUGCCAGUGCUGUGACGAGAAGAAGAAAAGGUCCUUUGCUCUAGGCGCUGUGGAUUAAUGCCCCCCUGAACCCCACUCGUCCCCCUCCCUUCCCCUCUACCGUUUUCCCCCCCAGUGGCCAAACUGUAUUUAUGCUGCUAGAUGAAUGGGGAAAAAGAAAGAGAGAGAUGGAACUUUUACUUGCUGUGACGUUUUAGUCCCAGGCAAAAUUCCAAAUUGAACUCUAUGUUUGGACUUACAGAAACAAAAUAUGAGAAAAAAAGGUAACAUCCAGCUUUUUAUUUUCUGUUUUGUUUUUGCCACUGAAACUUGAGCCAAACGUGCCUCUACGAGGCCGAGAGGAGGGAGCGUGUCCGACAGAUACCGGCGGGGAGCGCCCGCAGAGAGGAAACAAGGGGAUGUACACUGUUGGCGUGCGUGCGUGCGUGUGCAUGAGUGCGUGUGUUUAGCGUGUUAAUGGGCAACUUGUAAACACAUUCCUUGGGACAAAGCUCUUUCGGCCUGUUCUUUGGGGAAAUGUACAAAUGCUGUUCAGACUGGCAAAGACAAAAAAAGCGAAAAUAUAUAAAAAAAAAAAUAAUCCUAGCAGAUGUAUCGAUUUUUAACAGGUGAAUGAAAGAACUGUCCAUAUCCGUGCGUGUGAUUGUUGUUCCGUUCAAAGAUGUCUGAAGCAACAGAGGAGACCAUCACAAGCAUCAACUGACAGGCGGAGCUGGCGGGAGUCUUAGUGUUACAUGUGUCACAGUCGAACUCACCCAGGCGGCCUCGCGGGUCGUCAUGGGGGGAGAAAUUUUAACAAAACAAAAAAAUCCCACAAAGGCAACAAAACAUGAACAGAAACAUUGUAGCCAAACAAAAACCGUCCCAAUCUCCAAGAGUCACAACUCAAGCUGAACUGUGAAAGUGGUAUAACACUGUAUAUUAAAAAAAAAA